AUGGACACUGAAACUACGCCAAAUCUAUCCAAAUCAUUUCGAGAGAGAAGUAGCCCACUUGAUGACACUAUUGGAUCACCUUCAAUUGAGUUUUCAGAUUUAACAAGCACCAUUUUAUUACAAGGAGGUGUUGCCGACGUGCAUUUAGAUGAUGUGCAUCGAAAGUCGACCCUGUCCAUAGCAGAGCUCUCUAAAGAAAAAGCCAAUUAUAAUGGUGCCCAACACGAUGGGAUACAACCUAGUCAUAUUCUGGAAUUUGAGAGCUUAAAGCAAAAAUCAGCAAGGUUGCAUCAAAGCACACCAUUAGCUGAUCACAAGUAUGGUCUCAAAGAAAGUUGGCACCAAGAAGAGCCCAUAAAUAUCAACAGGCACAGCCUGCGUCCCAAUAAGGAAAAUCAACGGCCGUAUCCUGUUUAUAUCGAUGACAGACCAUUGAGAUCCCACUCAACUGAAUCUGGUGUUUACAGUCCAUAUCGCGAUAAAGUCUCAACAGCAGCAAGUUUACAAGAACAGGUUAAAAAGGUAGCAACAAUGCCACAUUAUCAAUAUCCAUUGAGUCCUGAUCAGAAUAGCCCCCUUUCUCAAAGUACAGCUAGAAACUCUCCACAUACAAACAAUCUAAAACCGAGUGAAAUCACUGGCAAAACUACAUCCCGUCGUGAAGACGACAAAACUCAUAUGACUAAGCUAAGCGAUUAUGGUUAUUUAACAAUAGGACGACAGGAAUUUGAGUCGUUGCUUGUCAAAUUGUCAAAUUUGGAAAGAGAUAAUGCGCAAUUGAUUAAAGAAAAUGAGCAAUUGACCAAUGUGUUGCAAGAACGUGGCAACGACCUACUGGCCAAUGCCCAAACACACGUAGCCAAAUCUACACAAACCGACUCCCAAGAAAGAUCCAAGAGCGAAGUUGUUUCACCCUUAUUUGAGACAAAUGGCUCAAAGGAGAAACGUGUUAACGCUAACCCAUGCCAAUGUGAAUGUCCCUGUGACUCUCAUAUCAAAAAACCCCCAGUUACCACUGAAAUUCCGUCAGAGGAAACUCCCAAGAAACAACAGUCGCAAGCUUCUCAAUUGAGUGCUGAAGAAACUACAAAUGAUGAGAAUGGGGAGAAUGUUCAUAGCAAUGAUUCCAACCAACCUGUAUCUUCUAGAAAUCAUAAUUCACCGCAGGAGUUGUCUAAACAAGGUAAUGCUAAUUCGAGUACAAAUACCACUCUUAUUUCACAAACUAAUUUCUAUCCCAAAUUUGAUAUUAAUCGAUACAAUUUCCCCAAAACCGGCCCCCAACCACGUCAAAAUGAUUUAGAUAAAGUUGAUCAAUUAUCUCAUGAUGACCUUGUUUAUUGUGUCAAGACUACUCUAGCUAUAUUUAUUAUUCAAUUGGAUGUCAAUUAUGAAGUUAGUUUAUUACGUCAAAGUUGUUUUAUUUCUAUGGUGCUGCGAUUUGUUAAAAUUGUACAUAAAUUGUUAUUCCCUGAAAGACUUGAUAUAAGUUGCUCUAAGUGGUUUGAAGCGAAGAUGUUGAAAAGUGAUGGUGAAAUUGAUGACCGAAUGGAAGGAUUGCAGUGCAGAUUGAAUGAAAUGGUGUUUCACCUUCACAAGUUAGUUGAUGACAAACCACAACCCGAUGGUAAAGGGAAGUGA